UCCCUCUCACACCAGUGUGCCAGAGGCGCUUGGGGGACUCUGUCCUCCCACCUGCACCAGCAGAAGAUCAAUAACCCCUUUAGAAAUGACACUUACCCAGCCUCUGUUUCCUUCUCCCCCUGCCUCCCUCUCCCUUCUCCCGCUGCAGACGGCUCCGUUCACUGGCAGAGGCCUGGGAAGCAGCCUGAGGCCGAUCUCCCCUUCUAUCACCCCCGGGCUCCCUCUGCUGAGGUGGAGAUGACGUCCUACGUGCUCCUGGCUUACCUCACCGUGCGGCCGGAACUGUCCCGGGAUGACCUGUCGUCGGCAGCUCAAAUCACAAAGUGGAUCAGCAAGCAGCAGAAUCCCAACGGGGGCUUUUCCUCCACCCAGGACACGGUGGUGGCGCUCCAGGCCUUGUCCAAAUACGGAGCCUCAACCUACGCCCAGAGUGGAGGAGCCUCCACAGUGACCCUGCAAUCCACAGGGAACUUCCAGACCCAGUUCCAGGUGGAUCACACCAACCGUCUUCUGCUCCAGCGUGUGGCACUGCCAGAAGUGCCAGGGGACUACAGCAUGGGGGUAACAGGAGAAGGGUGUGUCUACAUGCAGACCAGCCUCAAGUACAAUGUGCUCCCCAAGCCAGACGAGGCGCCGUUCACACUGGAAGUGCACACGGUCCCCCAGACGUGUGACAGCCCCAGGGCCCACAAGACUUUUGACAUCGCCAUAAACAUCAGCUACACAGGGAAACGUCCCGUCUCCAACAUGGUCAUCGUCGACGUUAAGAUGCUGUCAGGAUUCAUCCCUGUGAAGCCAUCAGUGAAGAAGCUGGAAGGAAAGCACCACAUCCACCGCACAGAACUGAGCGCCAACCACGUGCUGCUGUACAUGGAGCAGGUGAGCAACGUGACUCAGAGCUUCUCCUUCGCAGUGGAGCAGGACUUCCCUGUGCAGAGUCUGAAGCCGGCGCUGGUGAAAGUCUACGAUUACUACGAGACGGAUGAAUUUGCCAUCGCGGAGUACGGCGCCCCCUGCAGCAAAGCGGGAGUCGAGCAGAGCAACGUGUGAGGGAUGGAGCCGUGUUCCGAGCCUCCGGCAUCCCCCCGGCUUGUGCCCUGCGCAGGCUGAGGUGGUUGGAUGGGUCGACAGAGAGGAAACAGCAGCCAGGAAAGGGAAACGAGUCUCACAAAUAAAUGAAUUUAUCAACCUGA